AUGCCUCCAUACUCGGGAGCUCACUUCCAGGUCUUGCUUAGAGCACCCGAUCCAGAAGCUCCCGUCAAACCCACCACCGUCACCGCCGUAUGUGAUGUCUCUUGCUCAUCUUCUCCCUCGCUCUUGCGACUCACUAACCUCCAAUACCUAGNNCGCGUAUGGGAAGCUUGCAUCACCAACUGCGUCCCCUCUCUCCCCUCCCACUUUGUCCUUGGUCGCAUCCGCAAUCUUGAUGUCGAGUUGUUCAAUCAUUACCCUUCUCUGGAGAAAGAGCUGCUAAGUCUCGACUACACUGUUCGACCUUAUGACGCAAGCAAAUGCAUGUCUGUUUAUGCAGACACGCCAGUCAAAGACCGCAACCUCGUCCAAAAGUUGCAGGAUCAGCUUUACGAAGCCUUGAAGGAUGAUGAGGAGGAAGUGGGUUAUGGGCUGGUGGCCGAGACGCAGAGCGAGUGGAUGCUGGUUGUGAAAUUUGAUCGUCAACGCUACACUGCUUCCAACCCCUGUCCACCUACCUUCGAAUCCCAUGGUGCUACCUAUGCAACAAUCGGCUACAUUCUCGACAACGACGUCUUCAUAACUGCUGCCGAACAGGACGUCAAGCGCUUCUACCUCUCCCGACCCCCUUGGGUUAUCUACAAAAUCCUCGACAAGACCAUCGUCGCCGAAUAUACUAUUCACCUCGCAGAACAGAAAGCAGAAAAAGUUGCCGAGCACAAGAGAGAAAAGAGAAGAGCCAGAAAGAUUGCUGAGAAGAAAGAGAAAGGUACGGAGCAAGAAAGAAAAGGUGUGCUUGAAGCAGGAAAAGACACAAGAAAGGGAGGAAAGAGCUACAAGGAACAGAAGGACGAAAAUACUGAGACUGGUGCUGAAGUCGAGGAAAAGACAGACAUCAAGCUGCAGGAUCUCACCAUCAGCUCACCUGCUCAACCCUCGAAAUCCACCACCUCAACCUCCAAAUCAGUCUCCAAGCAAUCGUCAAAGGCGCAGAAACCAAGACCCUCCGACAGCAAAUCUCAGGCUGGUGAACCCAACACCCCCAUCACCAAGCAAGAAGCAAAGAAGAAUGGAGUUUGGGAUAUGCCCUGGAAGAAAGAUGCAGCCAUCGACUCGAUCAGAAAGCCCAACUGGUUCUUCUCAGGAGAGGACGUUCUCAAUGAAGGAUAA